UUCGGUGUUACUCGUGAUGGCAAAAGAUAAUUUUAGUGGGGAGUUAAUACAACGAAGGACUGGUCUGUUAAAGGAUCAAGUACGCCUAGUUAAGAGGAAAGAUUUGGAUCGUUAUGAGAUUGUAUCUAUUCGAGAUAAGCUUUCAUAUGAGAAAGGUUUCUUUGUUGCCAUCCGUGCAUGCCAGUUACUUGUCCAAAAGAAUGAUGGGCUUAUAUUAGUAGGGAUUGCUGGUCCUUCUGGUGCUGGGAAGACUAUUUUUACGGAAAAAAUAUUGAACUUUAUGCCUAGCGUGGCUGUGAUAUCGAUGGACAACUACAAUGAUGCUACACGGGUAAUUGAUGGAAACUUUGAUGACCCACGCUUGACAGACUAUGACACGUUGCUAAAGAACAUCCAUGAUUUGAAGGCGGGGAAACCUGUGGAAGUUCCAAUAUAUGAUUUCAAGGCCAGUAUGCGCACAGGAUACAGGACGAUUGAAGUUCCAAGCUCCCGUAUUGUAAUUAUUGAAGGAAUUUAUGCUCUGAGUGAAAAAUUGCGUCCCCUCCUGGAUCUCCGAGUAUCUGUGACAGGUGGAGUUCACUUUGAUCUUGUUAAAAGGGUCUUUCGGGACAUUCAACGUGCUGGACAAGCACCUCAAGAGAUCAUCCACCAGAUAUCAGAAACGGUAUAUCCGAUGUACAAGGCUUUCAUCGAACCAGAUCUUCAAAUGGCUCAUAUUAGAAUUAUUAACAAAUUUAAUCCAUUCACUGGAUUCCAGUGUCCCACUUAUAUCUUAAAGUCACGAAGGGAUGUUACAGUUGAUCAAAUCAAGCUUGUCAUGCCUGAAGAGCAUACUGAAACUAUGGAACAGACUUACGAUAUAUAUCUAUUACCUCCAGGAGAAGAUCCUGAAUCAUGUCAAUCAUACUUGAGGAUGCGAAAUAGAGAUGGAAAAUACAAUCUCAUGUUUGAGGAAUGGGUUACGGAUUCUCCAUUUGUUAUAUCACCAAGGAUAACCUUCGAAGUCAGUGUGAGACUUCUCGGUGGGCUUAUGGCUUUGGGGUAUACAAUAGCAGCAAUCCUGAAAAGAAGUAGCCAUGUGUUCUCUGAUGAAAGAGUGUCUGUGAAAAUUGAUUGGUUGGAACAACUGAACCGCCAUUAUGUUCAGGUGCAAGGAAGAGAUCGUGCAGUUGUGAAGGGAGUGGCAGAGCAACUAGGAUUGGAGGGUUCAUACAUUCCUCGUACUUACAUAGAACAAAUUCAGCUUGAGAAGAUAGUAAAUGAAGUUAUGGCUGUACCUGAUGAUUUGAGGACAAAACUGAGCAUAGAUGAGGAUCUGGGGUCAAGCCCUAGUGAUUCACUUUCUCGAGCUUCAUCAAAGAGGGUCACAUUGAGAAAUAAAAACAUUAAAAGUGGAAUGUCACAUUCCUACUCUACACGGAGGGACAAAAAUUUAUACAAGCUUACUAAUUUAGCCUUCUGCGGUCAAAAUUUUGAUGAUGGAUCCACAGAGCCGCCACCAACCAUUGAAAGUGAGGGUGCCAUUACCCAGCUCUCGGAACAAAUUUUUACACUAAAUGAUAGGAUUGAUGAGUUUGCAUCUAAAAUGGAUGAAUUAAAUUCCAAUUUUAGCAUUAAAAGAGUUUUGUCUAGCUCCCAACAACCUGAAGCUUGUAAUGGAUCAGCUUCGACCUCAUACCUUACUUAUGAUCCACGCAAUGGGUCUGCAUUACUUUCUUCUAGUUCUUCAUCUCAGCUAGCAAAGGAAACUGCCUUCAUGGAAGAGAUAUUAAGCAUUGCUCGUGGACAACGUCAAAUCUUGCACCAGUUGGAAAAUCUUACAAAUAACCUCCAUAACUUGGGAGAGGUGUUUCAUCAAACAAAGAGCGUCCGGAAAAGCUUAUUUGUUGAUUAUGAGCGCAUUAGCGGUUCAGUGAUCCUAACAUUGGCAAUUGGUGGUGUUGGAAUCUUCUUGUUUAGAGGUUACGUAUCCCGCAUUUGAUCAACACCCUAUUAAUUCGUUGACAGAGAUAUUUUCGCAUUGCCUACAUCUUCAGCCUUCCUUGAAAAAAAUGAAUAGUACAACACAACCCUUCUGGUUCGGGAAAUUUAAUGUUUUGAGAUAUUAGAAGGCAAAACUUCUGAAUUCUCUUUAGUAUCUGAGAAGAGUUUACUUAUUAUACUAAAUUUUGUACGUUUAAAGGGUUUUUGCGGUUCUGGAAAAAUGUGUUUUUUCAUGACAUUUUCCGAAUAAAUUAUUAGUGAACGAAACUGAGCCAGUUUAUUUAGAUUAA